AUGGAUUUUUCUGUAAAUGCUAGAAUGGCUGAAUAUUAUGAGAAAUUUAUUGAAUUACAAGAAAAAUUAAGGAAAAGCGAAGAGGAAAGACUGAAAUUGGAAAUGAAGUUCAAUGAGAUGGUACAAAAGUCUCGAGAAGAGGAACAAGUGUACUACAGAAGACUACGAUCACAGUACAAGAAAUUUUUAGAAGAAGACCGUAAGCGACAAGAACGCAAUGAAAAAAUAGUAAGAACAUUGGAACGGAUAGAAACUCGCAUCGAUAUGCUUACAUCGAAAACGGAACGCAUUAAACAUCUGAGAAAGCAUUACCACAACUAUUUGCAAAGGGUUUCCGGUCCACAAGUUCCAAAAGUUGUUAUAAAUACUCCACAAUAUAGUACAAUGCCAAAAGACACAACUACAUAUAAUGAAGAUGUUUUUCCUACUAAUAAUAAUUGCGAAGAUGAGCAGAAACUGAAUGACGAAAAAAUGGAAAUUCUUGAUAGAUAUUUACAAAGUAUUUCAUCACAAAAAUGUAAGGAUCUUCUCGAAAAACGAAAAAUGGAAAAUGCCGAACUUGAUAAAUUGGAAGUAUUAAAACACAAAUUAGAAUACGGUUUUGAUUCCAAUAAAGCUCAAUCCAUAGCAGAGGAUAUUAUGAAUUCAAUAUAUAGUAGACAUUAUAACAAAGAACCGAACCAAGACGACCGGCUAACUAGUAGAAAAGCAAAUGUGAAAUUUUCUUGUGAUGUAGAUGAUGAUAAUAAAUCAGAUUUUAGUGACCUAACUCAGAGUAAAGAUGGUACCGAAUGUAUAACACAGCAUACUAAAUCCGAUACAGUACAGAACAAUAUAGAUAAGGACUCCAACAAACAAGAAAAGCGUGUAUUUGUGGAGAAUGAGCAGGAAAUACAGCUUAAACCAAUAUCUAAAGAAAAUAAAGUUUUUCAAAAUGACACACAACAGGAAAAUAAUCUACAGGAAAAUUAUAGUCAAGAUACAAAUAAUAUCACACUUAACGAAAUUGAAGAUAUCCAUCAAAAACCCAAUUAUAUUUCCAACAAUUUAUCCAUUACUAAUGAAACUGACGAGUUUGUUGAAGUUAAAAAAAUCGACAACAGUAUUAUCAACAAUCAACAAGAAAAUAACGAUAAUAAUGAUGAAGAAAAAAUAUAUGAUGAAGAUCAUUUAGAAAAUAAAAAGACUAUUUUUGAACCAAGUCUUGCUGAUAAUCAAUCAAGUAACGAAGACAAUGUGUCUUCUGUUGACAUAUCUAAAGAUAUCUUACCAAGCGAGCUUCCAGCUCAGGAAUAUGUGGAACAAAACCCUGAUUUAUCUGAAAGUACACAAUCUGAUCAACAACAGCAAGAAACCAAUUCAAAUCCUUUAGAAAUUCAGGCUACAGGUGAAUGUAACUACGACCCUCAACCACAUUAUAGUGAGGAUGGUCAACCCCUCCCAUAUGAAUCAAAUGAGCAAGAAAUUCAAUAUGAUCAAAAUGGUCAACCUCUUCAAUAUGAUGAAAACGACCAGAUUGCUCAAUACAAUUCAAAUGGAGUAUCUUACGAUCAAAAUGGACAGCCUAUUCAAUAUGAUGAAAACGGACAACCCAUUCCAUACAAUGAGAACAGUCAAACUUUAGGUUAUGACGAACAAAAUCAACCAAUACAAUAUGACGAACAAGGCCAGCCAGUGCAGUAUGACCAACAUGGUCAACCAGUACAAUACGACCAACAAGGUCAGCAAAUACUGUAUGACCAACAAGGUCAUCCAAUACAAUAUGACCAACAAGGUCAGCAAAUACAAUAUGACCAACAAGGCCAACCGAUACAAUAUUAUCAACAAAUUGAACCAAUAGAGUAUAACGAAAACAAUCAACCAGUUCAAUACGACCAAAAUGGACAACCGAUCCAAUAUGAUUCAACGGGACAACCAAUUCAAUACGAUCAAAACGGACAACCGAUUCAAUACGAUCCUAAUAUUCAGCCUGUACAAUACGAUGAAAACGGUCAACCAAUACAAAGCACUCAAUUGGAUGAAAACGGACAACCAAUUUACUUUGACCAGUCGGGCCAGCAAAUCGCCUAUGACGAAAAUGGUCAAAUCAUUCAGUAUGACGAAAACGGUCAGCCUAUCCAGUACGAUGAAAACGGACAGUCAAUUUAUCAGUAUCCUCAGUAUGACGAAUCCGGCCAACCACUUCAGCAAUAUGAUGACAAUGGGCAGCCUCUUCAGUACGACGAACAAGGACAAUAUGAUGAAAACGGCCAAGCAGUAUCCAAUUAUACUGCCGAAACUCCCAUAGAGCAAACUAACGAAGACAAAACCUUCGGGGAGGAGGUACUACCCGAAAAUGUGGACAAUAUAUUAGAAGACCAAGAUGCUGCAACUGUUAACCAGACUAGUAAAAGUAAAGUUUUAGAAAUGCUCGAUACUGAUACGGAGAGCUUACAACAAAAUGUUAGUAAAGUAUCUGAUAGUGAUUUCAGCAUCAGUCAGUAA